CGGGCGGGAGUUCCGGCAGUAGGCCCGUGUUGAGGGCCGGGAUCUUCACUAUGGCUGCUGAGCUGGACUACACCAUCGAGAUCCCGGAUCAGCCCUGCUGGAGCCAGAAGAACAGCCCCAGCCCAGAAGGGAAGGAGGCGGGGAUUCGACAUCCAGUAGUGAUUCUCUUAGGCUGGGGUGGCUGCAGGGAUAAGAACCUUGCCAAGUACAGCGCCAUCUACCACAAAAGGGGCUGCAUUGUGAUCCGAUACACGGCCCCAUGGCACAUGGUCUUCUUCUCUGAGUCCCUGGGCAUCCCUUCACUUCGUGUGUUGGCCCAGAAGCUGCUUGAGCUGCUCUUUGAUUAUGAGAUUGAGAGGGAGCCACUGCUCUUCCAUGUCUUCAGCAAUGCUGGCGUCAUGCUGUACCGCUACGUGCUUGAGCUCCUGCAGACCCAUCAGCGCUUCUGCCACCUUCGGGUGGUAGGCACCAUCUUUGACAGUGGUCCUGGUGAUAACAACCUGGUAGGGGCCCUGCGGGCCCUGGCGGUCAUCCUGGAGCACCGGCCUACCGUGUUGCGCUUGUUGGUCCUGGUGGCCUUUGCCCUGGUGGCAGUCCUGUUCCACAUCUUACUUGCUCCACUAACUUCCCUCUUCCAUACCCACUUCUAUGACAUGUUACAGAGCUCGGGCUCCCACUGGCCUGAGCUCUACCUCUACUCAAGGGCUGAUGAGGUAGUCCUGGCCAGGGACGUGGAACGCAUGGUGGAAGCACGCCUGGCCCACCAGGUCCUGGUGCGCUCUGUGGACUUUGUGUCAUCUGCACAUGUCAGCCAUCUCCGCGACUACCCGAUUUACUAUACGAGCCUUUGUGUUGACUUCAUGCACAACUGUGUCCAGUGCUGAGGGCCUGCUCCAAAAAUAAAAGCCUGAGACCUCC